UGUGCUGUGAAGACUACAGUUGUAAAUAUACUUUGUAGGUACUGAUUGAAUCAUCACGAGUGCUCGAAAAGGGUCAUAGCUCCCUCUAUAUACGUCACGGCUAUCAGCCAUAAAUCGAGAUACCAACCACCCAUAUUCUUUACGAUAGGAGCCGAUUUGAAAAGGGAAAAAGUAACUUCUCCAUGUUGCGAUAGCUAUCGAAAUUCGGCCUACAAUGGGAUGGAGAGCCCCGCGUCUUGGUACUACAUCCGGAUGCGACAGGGAUCCCGCGAGCCGUAUCAACGGCCGUCUCCGACAGAUAUCUAUCCAUGCACGUUGGCGAUAGAGCAUAUCGACGCCGAGGAUAGACUAUAUCAAUCAUCUCCUCCACGCUAAUGAACUACUUUUUUAGAUCUACAUUUAAAUUCACUGUAGAUCAUUAGAUUAGCCCAAGAAAAUAAGAAAGACGUCAAAAAUGUCCCCAAGCGCUCUAAACGCAGAAGCAAGCUUCACGAUCACGCCCAUGACCAAAUCUCCCAAAGAGAAACACGAUUAUGGUGCAAGUGUAACCGGUCUAGAUUUGAAUGAUAUUAGCGAUGCGGACGUCCGUCAUCUAGCCGAUGCUAUCUGGACCCACAAAGUCAUCGUAGUCAAGGGACAGAAAGAUCUUGCGCCGAUCAAGCAAUGGGAGCUCGUAACGCGCUUCGACCCCAGAUCGCCCCAGGUUCAUUCUCACGGGGAUAUGAAAACCUUCAACAGUAAAGGCGGUUUGCUUUCCAAAAGCCGCGAGGUCGUGGGUAUUCCAGGUGCCGAGAAUGUCCGUUUAAUCGGAAAAGGCUUCCAAGGAGAAGACCACUACGGCAUCAAGAAUAUGACCAUUACUAAGCCCCUCUCCCACGACUGGCACGGAAAAGAAUUGCCAGAAGAGGAGUUUAACGCAGGCAACGUUCGAUUUCAGCGUUGGCAUAUGGACGCACCGUUGUAUGCGAGGGAUCCAGCGUGGUUCACCACCCUGCGUUGCAUAAAGCGGCCUACCAAACCCGAUGUCAAUAUCCGGUGGGAUGAUGGCUCUGGUCUCAGCAUGAAGGCAGAACCCGGCCUAACCGCGUUCAUCAGCAGUAUUCAAAUGUAUGAAAUGAUGACGGGAGAUGAGAAGAAUAUGGCUGAUCAUAGCUGGGUUGAAUAUGCGCCCCAUCCGUAUAUGUGGAUAGGUGACUGCAAAGGUAAUUCUAACGGCCUUGGCCUCGUAAGCCAAGGCAAGGAAAAGAAGCUCGGGGAUCUAGGUGACUUCGAACAGAAGGAUGUGAAAACAUACCCUAUGGUAUGGGUAAAUCCUGUAACAGGCGAGAAAGCUUUCCAAGUCCACGGAAUAUGUGCGAGGAAGUUGUUUCUUCGCUCGUCCCCGUCAGAAGAGCCUAGGAUAGUUGAGGACGUCGUGGAGAUCAGAGAGUUGUUAAAGGGUAUCCAGGAAAGAGUAUUGAAACCCGAGUAUAUCUUGAUUCCGAGUCUAGAGGAAGGGGACAUCGUCAUGUGGGCGAACUACCAGAUGUUUCACACGGCGAUUGACUAUCCAGCCUCAUACGGGCCUCGAACCAUGCAUCAAGCCAAUAUUGCUUCAUCCGCUCCCCCAGUUGGACCAAAUCCUAUCCCAGGAAUAGCCUAAGUUGGGAAGUGGAAUGAGCAACAACAUUGAAACGUUGGGGUUGACUAGUUUGGAUAGGAGUUCAUGGGACGGAGAGUUAUCGCAAAAGCGACAAAG